CCUCGUGCUGCUGCGUCGUGAACUGUAAACACAGUUGUUAGGUAACAAAUGAAGUUCGGAAGUGUUUAACAAGAAGAGUUGAAAAUGCAAAAUUCAAAGUCAGAAUCAAGAGAAGAGCCCGAACCGACUUUUGAUUGGUUACAGUUGCAAAAGGAUGUCCGCGCAACAAACACACAGGAAACGACAAGGGAAAAAUUCGCACGCAAAGUGUCAGAAAAUCCCUUAGUUCCAAUUGGUUGCCUAGCUACAUUUUGUGCUUUGUCCUAUGGUCUAUGGAGUUUCCGGACAGGACAGCGAAGGAUGUCCCAAUACAUGAUGCGCCUUCGAAUAGCUGCUCAGGGAAUCACUAUUGCUGCUUUGAUUGUUGGCCUAGGUAUUUCUGCGACCAGGAAGAGUAAUUAAGGCAGCAUUAAAUUGUUCACCUUGGUCUCUGUAACACCUUGUUAAUACAUAUAUAAUACUUUUUUUUCUUGUAAAAUGCCGUGAGUUUCUUUUUUGCUAAAUUGUUGCAAGAUGAUUCUCAACAGUAGUUCACUACUCCAGUGACUAAUGUACAUCUAGCACCAAUAAAAAAUCAAAAUUUUAGGGUUA